AUGAGCUCUUAUAUAGCUCGAGCCGGAGGAACUCACCUUAAAAUUUGCAUAAAUAAUGCGGUUUGUUUCCGUGGUUCAUUAAAACAAGGGAUUUAUUUAACUAGGUCUUGUUCUUACCUUGCUUCUAAAACUAUCAAUUCUAUAGUGAGAAAAGACAAAAGUAGUUUGUUUAAUCUAGCAAAAAGUACAAACUUUUUCAAUGUUGAGAAAAAAAACUUUAUAAGAAUGUAUGCUACAGAGACAAACCAACCACUUGGUAAUAAGGAAAAUGAUAAGAAUCAUGAAGGGGAUAAGAAUUCUGAUAAAGAAAAAAAGUGUGAUAGUGAAACUGAAAUUAAACAACAAAAAAAAUCCUCAAAGCAACCUCCAAAUGUUAGGGAAUUUAGCAUGCAAUUGAAUUCCAAUACUUUGCUUCCACUUCUGUUUUCCGCUUACAUUCUGUACAAGAUUACCAGUAGUGUUGAUAAUUCUCGCGAGAUCACGUGGCAAGAAUUCAGAACGACAUUUUUGGAUAAAGGUUUGGUGGAUAAAUUGGUGGUGGUCAAUAGGAAAAAAGUUCGAGUAUUUUUACAUUCAAAUGCUACAGGACAAAUGUAUCCAAAUGCUCCUUCCUUACCGGUAACAACUUAUUAUUUCAGUAUAGGAUCCGUGGAGGCAUUUGAACGUAAAUUAGAUUCUGCUCAAAAAGAAUUGGGUAUUCCUUCAACGGAACGUAUUCCGGUAGCAUAUCAUGAUGAGAUUAGUUUAUUGAAUACAUUAUUACAUUUUGCUCCAACGCUACUUCUGGCUGGGGCAUUGUUUUACAUUACUAGGCGAGCUGGUGGUGCCGCCGGAUCACAAAUCUUUGGAAUUGGGAAAUCUAAAGCUAAAUUAUUUAAUCAAGAAACGGAAGUUAAAGUCAAGUUUAAGGAUGUGGCGGGUAUGGAUGAAGCCAAAGAGGAAAUCAUGGAAUUUGUUAAAUUCUUAAAGGAUCCGACAGCUUAUGAAAAGUUGGGAGCUAAAAUACCAAAAGGGGCCAUUUUAAGUGGACCUCCGGGUACCGGUAAAACUUUACUUGCAAAGGCUACCGCGGGUGAAGCUGGUGUUCCAUUCUUAAGUGUGUCAGGAUCCGAGUUCGUUGAAAUGUUUGUUGGUGUUGGUCCAUCUAGGGUACGCGAUUUAUUUGCAAAUGCGAAAAAGCACGCACCUUGUAUAAUAUUUGUGGAUGAAAUUGACGCGAUUGGAAAAUCUCGAGGGAAGAUAGGUCAAUUCGGCGGGAAUGAUGAACGGGAGAGUACGUUAAAUCAACUGCUCGUAGAAUUGGACGGGUUUGGAUCAAGUGAGCAUGUCGUCGUUUUAGCAGGCACGAAUAGACCGGAUGUAUUAGAUCCCGCUUUAAUGCGUCCAGGUCGUUUUGACAGACAUAUCGCCAUAGAUAAACCUGAUAUCAAAGGCAGAAGUGCAAUAUUCAAAGUACAUUUGAAACCGAUUAAAACCAAGGAAAAUGUUGAUCGCCUUUCAAACAAGUUAGCCGCAUUAACACCUGGAUUUUCUGGUGCCGAUAUAGCUAAUGUUUGUAAUGAAGCAGCGCUCAUCGCAGCACGUUAUCAAAAGGAUUCCGUUACUGAAGAACAUUUUGAGCAAGCGAUUGAUCGCGUUAUUGCCGGUUUAGAAAGAAAAUCUCGCGUGUUAUCCUCUGAGGAAAAAAAGACCGUGGCAUAUCAUGAAGCAGGACAUGCGGUUGCUGGGUGGUUCCUUGAGCAUGCCGAUCCGAUAUUAAAAGUGUCUAUCAUCCCUCGUGGUGUCGCGGCACUCGGUUAUGCUCAAUACUUGCCAAAAGAUCAAUAUUUAUAUUCUACCGCGCAAUUAUUAGAUCGCAUGUGUAUGACAUUAGGUGGAAGAGUAUCAGAACAAAUAUUUUUCAACAUGAUAACGACAGGAGCGCAUGAUGACUUACAAAGGGUCACAAAGUUGGCUUACGCUCAGGUUACCGUUUAUGGUAUGAAUCCGAAUGUGGGCCCUUUAUCUUUCAAUAAUCCUAAUGAUAAUGAGCCUCAGUUUCAAAAGCCUUAUUCUGAGGAGACAGCUAGAAUGAUUGAUGAUGAAGUUCGUAAAUUAGUGUCGAUAGCAUAUGAAAGAACGAUGAAAUUACUUACGGAUAAAAAGAAUGACGUUGAAAAGGUGGCACAAUUGUUGCUUUCCAAAGAAGUAAUAAAUCGAGAGGAUAUGAUAUCAUUAUUAGGAAAAAGACCUUUUACCGAAAAGCAUCCUUUUGAUGAUUAUGUUAACCAAUCCGAAGAUAAAGAAAAGCCACCGUUACCGAAAGAUGAACAAUCACAGACAUCUCCGAACGUAUAA